AAACUUUCAGUUUAAGAAGCUGAGACAUCCAAAAUUCAAUAGCAUCAUCAGCUCAUCACGAUGCUUCUCUGUUUAUAAUCCUAAUCAAUUUUGCAACUGGGCGUUGGGCCUCACCUCCGUAACCCAAAGUCAAACAAUUCCGGUUUGUUUACCGAAUUAAACCGGUGAUUAAAGUAGAACCAACAACAUCCACACUUGGUUUUAAAAACCCUCAAUUUCGUUUGUCUGCUGUCUUCUUCUUCUUAAAGUUGGAUGUUUCGGCUACUCUGAUGCAUUUGCAUGUAUUGUCGAACUGAAAGUCUGUGACUUUUCUUCUCCUCUACGAUAGAAACCAGUGACCUAGCACUCCCAACUCUCACUCUUAUCACUGGACGCAUUCUCCAAAAUUUUGAUCUUCGAUUAAGCCAUUCGUAGCGAGGUAAAUGCUCAAGUUUUACCUAUCUCCUCUGCUUCCACUGAUUCUGUUUCUUGAUUCAAAGUUUUCUUUGUGUGAAUUCAUAUUUUCGUGUGAAUUCAUAUUUUCGUGUGAAUUGUGAAUUAGGGUUUUCUCUGUUCCCGUUUCUACUCUCUCAUCUUUUGGGGAAAAGUUGUCAACUUUCAUGUUUUACCUGUAGCCGUAAUAACGUACUCUUAAUCUCGUGUACGCAAGAUGGAUCGUGUCAGCAAUCUACCAGACGGGGUUCGUGGUCAUAUCUUGUCCUUCCUUCCCGCCAAGCACAUUGCUUUGACUUCGGUUCUCUCAAAGAGCUGGCUCAAUCUCUGGAAACUUAUCCCUAUUCUCGACAUUGAUGACUCUGAAUUUCUUCACCCGGAAGAGGGUAAAGCGGAAAGGCUUGAAAUUCGACAGAGCUUCGUUGAUUUCGUGGACAGAGUUUUGGCUUUGCAGGAUGAUUCUCCCAUUGAUAGAUUCUCUCUCAAGUGUAUAACUGGUAUUCAUCCAGAUCAUGUGAAUCGUUGGAUAUGUAAUGUGCUGCAGCGUGGUGUUUCCGAUCUUGAUCUUUUCAUUGAUUUUUCCUAUGAGGAUACCCAAGAGGAUGAGGAUAUGCUACCUCAAGAGAUGUUCGUCAGUAAGACAUUGGUCAAGCUGAAAAUAAGAAAUGAUCGUUGUGUGGAUUGGUGGUGUGGAAAGGGAGGCACUUCCUUACCAAUGCUUAAAAGUCUUUAUAUUGACUCGGACUUGAUUCUUUGGGGUAAGAUGAAAAGGUUUCUUUCUUCUUUCCCUGUGCUUGAGGAAUUACGAAUGGCUAGUAUGGAGUGGAAGGAAUCACACGAAACCGUGUCAAGUGCAAGCCUCAGGAAGCUAAGUAUCCUUGGCACCGGUUGUGAAGACUAUGUGAAUCCAAAGAGCAUUUCUUUUGAUACUCCAAGUCUUCUUUACUUAAACUACUCUGAUUUAGUUGCCGAGGAUUAUCCAUUAGUUAAUAUGGGAAAGUUACUUGAGGCUCGAAUCAACCUUAUAGUAAAAGAUGAUCAGAUCAAGCGGGUAAGAGAGCCAAAUAAUGACUUGUUACAGGAUGAUGCGGGUAAUGUUGUUCUCCAAUUUGGCAAUGUGGUGAAGCUCAUGAACGGCAUCCAAAAUAUUCAGAUACUUUACUUAACUGCUGAUACUCUUGAGGUACUUUCUCUAUGCUGUGAAUCAAUGCCGGUGUUCAACAACCUCAAAACCUUAGGUAUUAAGAGUGAAGAGGGUCGCGGUUGGCAAGCAGUGCCAGCUCUUCUGAGAAACUGUCCGCAUCUAGAAUAUCUAAUCAUUGAGGGUCUCUUACACAAUGUGACAGAUAAAUGCGGGGAUGCUUGUGACUGCAUUUCUCGGGAAGACAAAGGUCGAUCGCUUGCUUCUUGUCCCGUGAAGAAGGUAGAGAUUCAAGGGUUUAGAGGAACGAUGAGAGAGAUAAACAUGAUAGGGCACUUCUUGAGGUCUUUUAAGUGUUUAAAGGAGAUGGGGAUAUUUCCUGAAGAAGAGGGUCCUACAAACUUUGAAAAUCCUGGAGCGUUUGAGUAUGUUGAGAAGAUAUUGAAGCUCUACAAUGAGAUAUCGAAUUGUGAUGUUUACUUCCUGGUGUGGGGUUACAUGCGUAGGAAAUGGACUACACAAUGAAGUCUACGAGUAUGAAAACGUGUUCAUGAUUUUUCUAAUGCCAUGUUUCCUUUGAUUUACUUGUGCAAACUAAAAGGUGUCGAAGGCAUGUUUCCAUAGUUGACCCAAAACAGAGUAGUUUCUUUGGUUAAAAAAUUGAAAUGCAUUUUCCUUGGGCAGUUUUUAUGGUUUUGUAAAAGAAAAUCCUGAAGGCUAUUAUAAUUCGUC